AUGAGCUCUCGGGCACUCAACUGGCCCCGGACCUCGCUAGCAAAGCACCACAUCGCUCGCCCCAAUGAUUCAACAUUGAUAUCCCCGGUCCAGUCACUCUGUGUGCGCGGCCACCAGAUUGCUGAGUUUUCGAGUACCCCCCAAACCAACGAGGGGCUUGGGCGCCGUGCAAAAGAGAAGCUGCUUGACCGGGAAUUCUUCCUAAGUCUGCUGAACUCGGCCUCAACAAAGCGAGAGGCAAAGCAGUAUUUAUCUCGUUUUAAGAACAGUCCCCCAAAGCCCUCCCCAAAGUCCGAUGAAGCUCCCAAGGAACAAGAGUCAUCAUUGCCUUCUGGAGUGAAUCUGGGCUCCUUCUAUGGUGCGUCCAGAGCAGUUUAUGACAGCCCUGUGUUCCGGCAAAACACAACCCCAGCCCCACGUGGACAGGAGUCGUUUGAGAGACUACAUCUUGCUCUGAUUAAGAUCACUACACCGCAAUCGCUCGACGACUCAGUUAUAAAUGGCGUGGCUAGGACUUUGUCGCAACUUGUUCGACUAGGAAUGGCAUGCUGCGUAGUAGUUGACCCCGGCAAUGCAGAUAGCGCUACCAUGCGACAAACCGCCAUCGCGCAAGCUAAUCGGCUCUCGGCAGCGGUUGAUGAACAGCCGGAUUCGAAAGCCUUUCGCUUGGACUCUGCACUUUCAGUCUCCGAUGAAGGACCGAGUCAACCCAGAGUGUCGUCUCGGAAAGGGCUUCUAGCACCCCUUCGGGACGGACAUGUCGUUAUUGUCACACCAGUCGCGUACCUCGAGGAAAACCCAAAAGCCGUUCCAGUCUCCGCAGAUGAUGCUGUCAUCGCUUUGACUAAAGAAUUUGCCGGGCUUUCUACCUACCCAGACCCAGAUGAAGACCCUGCGGUCACUGCAGAGCGAAUUGAGGCUUUACAGAAGGAAGUUUCGUUGGACCGGGUGAUUCUUCUGCACCCACUCGGAGGAAUACCUGCCUUUAGAGGCCCCCAGGACUCCCAUGUUUUUAUCAACAUGGAACAAGAGUUCGACGAUAUUGAGAAGGAGCUGCUCCAGACACAAAGCUCUCUUUGUGAGGUAGAGGCUGACACAACAGCUAGCGCCCGUCUAGAUACUGCAUAUUCAGUCUUGGAUAGCAAUCCUUUCUCUCAAUUUGCUACCCAGGAAAUGGUUUUGCCCGGAUCAGAGAUAUCAGAGCGAUUGCCCGGGUCCACCGCCAUGAAACCCAUUAUUGAUGGUCACCUGCAGAAUCUUCGUUUGUCCCAGAAGGCCCUUGCUCUGCUACCAGCAACAGCGUCAAGCGUUAUCACAUCCCCAUAUGAAGUCGCCAAUUCAUCGCGCCCCGCUGAGAAGACUACGCCAGAGCUAUCGGCCGUUGGAACUCGACGCCAGCGCAAUCCUCUCAUCCACAACCUUCUCACCGAUAAACCUCUUCUCUCCUCGUCGCUUCCCCCUGGCCGCCGUGGUCCCAUUAAUGGCCGAGGACCUAAUGCGCUUAGCCCCCUGACAUCUCAUACAACCUUUGUCAAGCGUGGAAUGCCUCUCACCCUUCUCCCGAAUCCGCAUGUGCAGGUAUGGUCGGCUCAGCACCAGCCACGACUGCAGCUCAACGACUCCUCGAUCGACCUGCCUCGCCUGGUCCAUCUCAUCGAAGAUUCUUUCGACCGAAAGCUAGAUGUGCAAAACUACCUUGAGCGAGUCAAUGAUCGCAUCGCUGGCCUCAUCAUCGCCGGUGAGUACGAAGGUGGCGCGAUCCUGACCUGGGAAACACCACCUGGCGUCGUUGAUGACGGAAGUCCAGAAAGCGCCGCACGCAUGGUUCCCUAUCUGGACAAAUUUGCUGUCCUUAAACGCAGCCAGGGCGCAGGCGGUGUUGCGGACGUAGUGUUCAAUGCGAUGGUGCGCACCUGUUUCCCCGAUGGAGUCUGCUGGCGUAGUCGCAAGGACAACCCGGUCAACAAAUGGUAUUUUGAGCGAUCAUCUGGCACCUGGAAGCUGUCUGAUAGUAAUUGGACUAUGUUCUGGACGACUCCUGGGCUUCCGGAAGAUACGCAGCGAUUUCAGGAUUAUGAGGCUGUCUGUCGAGCCAUUCAGCCUAGCUGGGCUGACAAAAAGAGUGUGAUUGAUUGA